AACCAGGAAGUCCGCGUAGAGGAGGGAGCAGAGGAAUCACAACAGAACCACUACAUACUUGACAGCUCGGUUUUUGUGCUGUUCUGUUGUCUUGUUCUCAUCAAGAGCGGAUAUGUCCCGAAAAUCCAAAGACGAAUAUUACCGUUUUUUCAACGUGACCGACCCACGCACACACGAGAAAGGACACACCGAGUACAAAGUGUCAGCAAGGUUUGUGUCCAAGCGUCAUCCCGAAGAUGUGAAGGAGGUGGUCGUGUGGAGGAGGUUCUCGGAGUUGAAAAAGCUCCACGGAGAGUUGGCCUACACGCACAAGAACCUGUUCAGAAGAGAGGAGGAGUUUCCACCGUUCCCCCGCGCUCAAGUCUUUGGGAGGUUUGAUGAAGCUGUGAUUGAAGAGAGGAGGACAGCUACAGAGGCCAUGCUUCUGUUUACUACCAGCAUACCUGCACUCUACAACAGCCCACAGCUCAAGGACUUCUUCAGAGGUGGUGAGGUCACAAGGCCUCUGGAUCCAACGCCGAGCUCCUCUGAGGGGACUCUUCCUCCCCCUCUCAUCCCCCUUCCCGAGCGCAGGGCCUCAGACUGUGAACCUGCAGAGGAGGAGGAAGGGAGGGAGGCACCAACCUUACCCCAAGACCUGGGAACCAACGUUGGAUUGGAAGUGGGAGAACCGGAGGUCGCAACAGAGGCUUACAGCGAGAUGGGAGGCUCCCCGAGAGAAGAGGAACAAGAGGAGCUUAGCGAUACAGAGCUAAAUAACAGCGGUAUAGUCCCGUCACCAGAGCCGUCCCCAGUGAGAAAACACCAGUCGCAAGAGUCCCAGGAAGAGUUUGAUUCCCUGUUCGACUCUGUAGCAGAGGAACGAGUCCCAUCCCCAAAGGAGGAAGGGCCACCUCCACUUUCUGAUAAUGACUUGGCUAUCUUUGAUCCCUGCCAUAAACAAGAUGAAUCCAGUCCCUCCUGCGACUACUCAGAGUUGUUCUCGUUGCCGCCAUCCAGUCUGGACGGCGGUGACGUGGGCUACCUGAAUCAAGCUGCGACUGAGCUCACUGCUGCUAUGGAGAUGGAGAAGGAGGGAGAAUUCAACUCAGCCAUUCGUGGAUACAGGAUGGCGGUGGAUAUACUGAUCACUGGAGUACAGGGAGACCCAGAUCCCGUAAGAAAAGAGUCUGUGAUGAGAAGGACGGCCCAGUAUCUGAAGCACACAGAGAUGUUGGUCGACAGGCACUCCUCACCCACACACACUCACACGCCUACACACACACAUACACAGGCCCCUUAGAUGCACCAAAAAAUAUUUAUACACCCUGUUGAACACAAAUGAAGGCAGAACAAAGACAAAGAAGCUCAGGGUUGUGACACACGCGCACAUAUCACAUACAUACUGGAUCACCGAGUUUCAAAACACAAGCUCCUUCAGGUACAAAACUAGAAACUAACAAGCACACACACACACACACACACACACACACACACACACUUGUAGGACACACUCCAGAGGUACAAAAACAGGAAUCUCUGAAAUGUUAAAAGUAAAUUUAUGCUUGUAACUUAAUGGAUCAUUCACCUCUUUUUCUAUCUAUCUCUCCAUCUGUUUCUACCUUUCUCUUGUUUAAAUAUUGGCCUUCUUUUUACAAAGCUUUCUUGUGAAAUACAGUAACGUUUAAGUAUAUCUGUAAUUUGCAUUUUGCACAAAACUAAUGUCUUGUUAAUAAAAGAUUUUAAUUUAAGGCGA